CGCACUCACGCCUGCAGGCCGCCUGCCGUCGGUAUGGAUAUCGCUCGCCCUGCUCACCCCGGUGCUCCCCCGAUGACACAAGCAUCGUUCCCAUAAAAUAUAAAAAAGGCGCCCACUAGCGCACGCACCCGCAUAAACAGACACCAGGCACGCCGCGCAUCGCAAGCGAGCGACACAAGAGAGCGCCCAUCAUCUGUGCCCUGUGCGCCACCAUCUCGCCCGCCUUCAAUCCCCUCCAUCAUUCGUUCCAACAGCCCCGCUUUCUCCACCAUCAGUGCGAAAAAAUUUAUGCGCGCUUUGGGAAAGCGCGAGCUCGUUUUGCUUUGAAGCUGCCUCCGCCUUUUUAUCCGUCCGGGCCGGGGCUGUGGGCUCCGCCUCCGCCUCCGUGUACUCCGGCCGGGCGUGGUCACCGAGGGAGCAGCGGCGAGAGAGGGGGGGAUCUGAUCGAUGUCGUCGGCCGAGGACGGGUACUGCAGCUCGGAUUCGCCGCGGGCGGAAUCCCCCGACGAGCCGCAGGCGGGGGCGGACGCGGAGUCGCCGCGCGCCGGGGCCGGGCUGAACAAGCGCGAGCGCGACCUCCCCGCCUCGCCGUCGUCGCCGCUGCCGCCAGCUAAGCGCAGCCGGAGAUCGGUGGAGAAGCGGGUUGUGUCGGUGCCGCUGGCCGAGUGCGGGGACCGGCCCAGAGGGGCCAGCGGGGAGGGGCCGCCGCCGUCGGACUCGUGGGCGUGGCGCAAGUAUGGGCAGAAGCCCAUCAAGGGCUCCCCCUACCCACGGGGUUACUACCGCUGCAGCAGCUCCAAGGGGUGCCCAGCGAGGAAGCAGGUGGAGCGCAGCCACGCGGACCCCACCGCGCUGCUCGUCACCUACACCUUCGAGCACAAUCACGAGGCGCCGCAGCCCAAGACCAGCGGCGGCAGCUGCUGCCACCAGCAAGGCAAGCCGUCCGCGCGGCCGCCGGCGCCGAAGCCUGAGCCGUCCGUGGUCCUGGUCCAGCGGGAUGAGCUCGGCCCGGAGCACGAGCUGGUAGAAACAGAGGUGCCGGAGCAGGAGCAGGAGACGGAGCCAGAAGAGGAGCACGAGCCGGCGGAAGAGGGCGUCCCAUGUCUGGCCGGUCCGGAAGCGGCAGCAACCUUAACGGUGGCGCCGGCGGCCGAGGAGGACGAAAGCUUCGACUUUGGGUGGUUCGACCAGUACCCGACGUGGCACCGGUCGGCGCUGUACGCCCCUCUGCUGCCGCCGGAGGAGUGGGAGCGGGAGCUGCAGGGGGAGGACGCCCUGUUUGCGGGGCUCGGCGAGCUGCCCGAGUGCGCCGUCGUCUUCGGCCGCCGCCGCGAGCUCAGCCUGGCCGCCACCGCGCCGUGCUCCUGAUGGUCCUUCGACUCUUUUUACGUUUGUUUUUAUUUUUUUUUCUUUUCCUUUUGGGCCCCUCUUUAAGUUUUACACGGAACGAUUUGGAGGCACUGGUACAUAGCUCUGAUUGGUGCACGGGGUUUAUCUGUUCAAGGCCGGCUGCUGGCUUAAGCUUUCUCUCCUCC